ACUCACAAUGUUGUCUUCCUGUUUUCACUCACGUGUAAGAAGAGUCCCAGCGUAGAGCUCGUGAAGCGUGUGUCCGGCAGAAACACGAGCAAAGACCGAAAAUGACUCAGUUAGACGGUGUAAUAAAACCUAAAACAAAGCGCUCCAAGCGCUUCCUAGACAGAAGAGCGCCCAAGCUGACUGAGGAUGUAAAGACCACCAUGAUUAUGAAAGGGGGCAAUGCCAGUCAGACCGUCACCCAGGCCCUCAAGGACAUAGUGAGUAACCUGAUGAUGAAAGACAUGUGUUUCACACAGUUGCAUGCGCUUUUCUCAGUGUCCAUUUCCAGAUUAUUGUACACAUGACAAAAUCACAAUGUG